UGUACAUUUAUUUGAAAUAGUCAGUUUAAGCCAAGGCGAGCUGUGUGAUAGAAUUUGAUUCAAGUUAAUAUCAACAAGCAGGCGACCAACCAAUACAACCAGCCAGUCCUUGGGAAAAGCACGUUCAAGUUCUCCAACUUCACAACUCCCUCAAAACCAGAUAUGAGUCGUGCUAGAAUAUCAUUGAUAUUGGUGGCGGUUGUGGCCACCUUGCACACCGGCCGCGCGACUCCACCAGCUUCACGAUCACCCAGUGACGCCAACAGCGAUCACAUGAAGAUAUUCCUCAAAAAUGCAUGGGGCGGCUUCAAACAGUUUCUGAAGGGAGAAUACGACGAAGCUGUGAUGAACAAUGAAAUUCAUCGACUGAAGACCCACAUACCUGUCGUGGGCACCGUUGUCGGCGAUACCAGUGGUCUCAGCAUGGCUGAGAGCUCAAUAUCUAAGGCAUCUCGGAAUGUCGGUGGAUCUAGACGGGCAAAGGGAUCUGGACGUGUCAGUGGAUCGAGACAGGUGAUGGGAUCUGGUAUUGUAAGUGGAACUGGACAGGUUGAAGGCUCUAGAAGUGUAAGUGGAUCUGGACAGGUUGACGGCUCUGGAAGUGUAAGUGGCUCUGGAAGUGGAAGUGGAUCUGGACAGGUUGAAGGCUCUGGAAGUGUAAGUGGCUCUGGAAGUGUAAGUGGAUCUGGACAGGUUGAAGGCUCUGGAAGUGUAAGUGGCUCUGGAAGUGGAAGUGGAUCUGGACAGGUUGAAGGCUCUGGGAGUGUAAGUGAAUCUGGACAGGUUGAAGGCUCUGGAAGUGUAAGUGGCUCUGGAAGUGUAAGUGGCUCUGGAAGUGGAAGUGGAUCUCGACAGGCUGAUGGCUCUAGAAGUGGAAGUGGAUCUGGACAGGUUGAGAGCUCUGGCAGUAUAAGUGGACCUGGGCAGGCUGAGAACUCUGGAAGUGGAUCUGGACAGGCUGAGAGCUCUGGAAGUGGAAGUGGAUCUGGGCAGGCUGAUAUCUCUGGGAGUGGAAGUGGAUCUGGAAAUGUCGAUAGUACCAGAACCACUGAAGAAGCCUCUGCGAAAGACACACGUCUUAUUUUCAAAUCUAGCGUUUCCAUUCUUCUCCGUAAAAUAUUUGGCAGACACAUUGAAAACAAUCGUAUCAAAGCCGACGUCAAUCGCUAGAGUAAGGCCAGGUUCAUUCUUUCAAAAUGUUUAAUUUGAACUUUUAAAAUACUUAUUAGAAGGACAAUUGCAAGCAAUAUUCACGAACGAAACUGGCCUUUUAUAGGUCGCCACACGAACGCUAACGACAUGUACCGAUAACACUAAUUUAAAACUGACGCUUAAAUAGAGGAAAACAUUCUCUUUGGAAAUAAUUAUUCAUAAUGUCAAAUAAUCAUCAAAUUAUAAUGUACCGUUAUCAGGGUUAGGCCCUAUUAGUUGUAAUAAGAUUUGUAGAUUAUUGGAGAAUAUCUAACCAACUUAGUUGAAAAGGAACAUCACUUAGUUAUAAUCCGUAACGUAUAGGAGGCGUUCAGAAAAAAAAUAGAUGACAAAUUCAUUAAUGACGUAUCAGAUAAGGUAAACAACUGAAUUGGGCGUUAUUUUUCGCGGAUUUAGAUCCUUUGGAUCUAGAAGGAUCUAAAUUUUGAAGGAUUCCUUUGACGGACAGCAUUAACUGUAGCGGCUAUCAAACGAGCGAUUUCAAUCACUGCUAUGCCUGCGAUUAGAAUCACUGCUAUGUAUUUGCGAUAGCGGAGCGGAUCGAAGCCUAUUUUUUAUCAUCCUGAGGAAAUCAGGGGUUAAUGUUUGCUUUUCCGGUGCAGGGCCGGAGAAACAAACAUCAACCCUGAUUUCCUCAGGAUGAUUUUAAUGGUCUAAUGAUUGUCAGCUUCGUCUGCAAAAGCUCGGCGCGUGGAGAUACAAAAUGUGCGAGUCACCCGAGUUUGCCUAAGCCCUGUGACAGCGAAUAUAGUCCCCCUGGAGUCAUAGUCCGGUAGCAUUGUAUUUGACCAAUUAAGCAGCAUGAUCUAUUGUACCGCUAACCCUAACCAAAACAUUUAGCAAUGCGGCUAUUGUUACACGGACUAUCCCUUGCACACCGGCUUUCGGCAUAGGCAUGCAAGAUAAUCUGUAAGACUUUUACCCCGGAUUGUAUACCAUCAAAACGAAUACAGAUAUUUAGUGAGCAAUUAAAUUCACCGUAUACAUGUACAUAUAUACCAUAUGACAGUGUAUAGUGCAUACAAUGUA